CUGGCAGAGCAGAUCCAGUGAGAGAGUGAGGAACAGAGACAAGGGACUUUUUUUUACCUCUCCACCUGUGGAUGACUUCCUGAGAAACACAUCAGCAAACCUCUGUUUUUUUUUGUUUUAAAUCGGAUUAUAAAGCCAGGAUUUCUCUCUCAACUCAAGAUUUAUCAUGAAGCUCUUCCUGUUGAUUGUGGCGGCGCUGCUCCUGGUGGUGGGAGAGAGCACUGCAGAUCGAAUCUUGUCCAGAAGGACCAAGAGGGAGCUUGCCAGUCCGCUCCAUGUUGGAGGCAUCAGGGACCCGUUUGGCUCCUACUGCGAGAGGAGAGGAGGCUGCUGCCCUGGCAGAGACGACCUGUGCACGGUCCCCUACCUGGACACCAUCUGCUACUGCGACCUGUUCUGCAACCGCACCGUCUCUGAUUGCUGCCCUGACUUCUGGGGUCAUUGUCUCGGCAUUGAGCCACCUUUCAUAGGCACCUGCGAAAGAAAUGGAAACAAGUUCUUCACGGGGCAAACAUACAAAGAGAACUGCAAUUUAUGUACAUGUGGGACGACAGGACGCUGGGAGUGUGAGCAGAACGCCUGUCUGAUGGAUCCUGACAUGAUCCAUGCCGUCAACAGAGGAAACUACGGGUGGAAGGCAGCCAACUACAGUCAGCUCUACGGCAUGACUCUAGACGAGGGCAUCCGGUUCCGCCUGGGCACACAGAGACCCUCCAGGACUAUCAUGAACAUGAAUGAGAUCCAGAUGAACAUGGAUCCUCAGAGUGACCGUCUGCCGCUCUAUUUCAACUCAGCAGAGAAGUGGCCGGGAAAGAUCCAUGAGCCACUGGACCAGGGCAACUGUGCUGCAUCCUGGGCUUUCUCAACUGCAGCUGUGGCAUCAGACAGAAUCUCCAUCCAGUCCAUGGGUCACAUGACUCCUCAGCUGUCCCCACAAAAUCUCAUCUCCUGUGACACACGCAACCAGGGAGGCUGUGCUGGGGGACGCAUCGAUGGAGCCUGGUGGUACCUCCGACGUAGAGGAGUGGUGACAGAAGACUGUUAUCCAUACCGACUCCCGCAGGAAACACCAGCAGAGGUGGGCCGCUGUAUGAUGCAGAGUCGCUCGGUUGGCCGGGGGAAGAGGCAGGCCACACAGCGCUGCCCCAACACACACAACUACCACAACGACAUCUACCAGUCCACACCACCCUACAGGCUCUCAUCCAAUGAAAAGGAGAUCAUGAAGGAGAUCAUGGAUAAUGGCCCCGUGCAAGCGAUUAUGGAGGUCCACGAGGACUUCUUUGUCUAUAAAAGUGGGAUCUACAAACACACUGACGUCAGCUUCACCAAACCUUCACAGUACCGCAAACACGGCACACACUCGAUCAGGAUCAUUGGGUGGGGAGAGGAGAGAAACUUUGAUGGGACAUCAAAAAAAUAUUGGAUUGCUGCCAACUCCUGGGGGAAGAACUGGGGAGAGAACGGCUACUUCCGUAUCGCCCGCGGGGACAACGAGUGUGAGAUUGAAACAUUUGUGAUUGGUGUGUGGGGCAGGAUCACGAUGGAGGACAUGCACAACCACCAUCACCACCAUCGUCGCCGUCACAUUUAGAGAAACAACAGAUGUUUAAACUCCACAGAGACCUUUGUUUUUAAUCCCACCUCUAGAUGGUUUUUACCCCCCUGCCCCCUGAGGAGAACCACACACAAGAGUCUCAGCACAUCCCCUUAUCCAUCAAGCUGGCUGGGACAGCCGCAAAAUCAACCCCAGAGCCUGUCAACCCUCUUUUUUCAAUACAACCUCCCUUCUCCUCCACCUUUGCCCCUUUUAAGAGAACAACCCUCCCUGCUGUCCGUUUAACUCAAGGUUUAUGGCACCAAAAACAACUCAAACUAAGCUAAAGCUGUUUUACAUCGCCUUACAUUCAGGCACCUCAGGUACCUACUCUUCCAAAGACCACACUUCCCAGAUUCCUCAGAGUAGCAUCUGGUGAAACACGUUCAUGUCAAAGUUGGGUGGUGACAGAAAGAGAAGCUCAAACCGAUCUUUUUAUUCUUCCCCGUGCUUCUUUGUCAACCCGAACCUUUAGUCUUUUCUAAAUCCAGACAGACACAAUUUCAGAGGGGCAGCUUGGAAAAGAGGAAAUCCGAGAGCCAGAUUAUCAGACAUCAGACCUUUUCAGAGAGACACACCCAGCCAACGUGUGUAACACGAUAAUAUAUCAUAGAUGACCUUACUGACAUUUACCUGUCAGCUAUAGGGAGGCACAGUUCGGGCCAUUCCCUCAGUUUCAGAGAGGACACUUGUACAGAGUUAGUAGCUGCAGGCAGAAGAGUUUCUCACACAUUCCAGUAAAAAGCGUAGAAUCGGACACUGGAGACUCUUGUUGAUGUGACGUUCAGAUUACAAGAACUCUGAUUUGGGAUUUUUAGGAGGAUUUACACUGCCAUCGACAAUGAUCAACCUUAAAAAUGGCUCCCAACACAAAAGCUAAACCUUCUUCUACAUGUCUAAACAGUGUCAGCACAUCAAAUUAAACAUGCAUCAUUUGAACAAUGAUAAACAUAUAAAUUACAACCGUGCUGCCAUUUUUAACCCCACCAUCUGAUUGAAAAGAUAAAACUCUGAUGCAUUCUCCAAAAGAUUGUAAUGCCUUAAAGAAACAGAGUUGUUUUGACCACUGAGAGUUUUUGUGAAUAGUAGUCUUAAUAUGCUCUGUUCUGUGUACACUGUUACAAUUUGAGAUAAAGAAGUUAUUUUUUUGUUUCAGUUAUAUUGUGAAGAUUUAUUUUACUACUUGUUUUACGAUGUACUGUAUGUAGUAACUUUCAUAACACACUCAUCACUCAGUCGCUUUUCCUGCUUGUGCUUCUACAUAGUUGUAAGUGUUUGACCACAGUGAGGAGGAUGAGGUGGGGAUGCUGCUGCUAAAGUCCAGUCUGUGCUACAGUAUUUGACUGCAGAGUCUGUAGUUUGAUGCAUUUCUUGUGUAAUAAAUGUGUAAAAGCCACUUCUAACUAACGCAGAAAGCCACACAGUUUGCAGAUGAGCUCUUUGGUUUAAUGUUCUCACUUUAAUUUUUAUUGUUUUCUGCUAGAAAACUUUAACAUGUUGCGACUUAUCAGCCGUGUGCCUCUCUGUGCUGCACCGCUUUAUGAUGUCUUUAUUUCAACCGAUUGUGGGCUGAUUGAGGGAUUUUCAGAUCUUUGUGGAGCACAGCCUCACUUGAAAAGGAAAGCAUGGUGUAUUAUUACCACUUACCUUAAAUUACAUCCUGGUGUGCUUCAGCUGUAACUUCAAACGGCUUUUUCUAUAUCUAUAUCAUCGUGUCUUGUGAUCUUUAAGGACCAUCUCCUUCAGGCAUGUAUAAGCAGAUAAAAAGCAAAGAGAAACGUCUGGAUGGACAGGCAGUGUGUAAUGUGGUGGAUAGAUAAGUGGUUAUUGCAUGUUUCUCAUGCAAUGUGACUCUUUGCUUUCAUUCUGAAGUGAGCGAGGGCAUGGAAAGGUGAAGAGCGGCCCGUCAACAUGAGAUGCACGACAGGUUUACAAUAAACAACACCAAGGACAAUGUGAAACUGAGCUCUUUGACCUGCAGAGUGAUUAUCGCAAUCCUCUGUCAGGAGAAAGAAGGAGGUUCUUCUUUUAUAUAUUUUCAUCUGUGGGCAUGUUGCUAUAGCUCCUUUACAAGAGAGAAAAAGAUCAAUGGACAAAACUGAAGUUGCGAGAUUGAUUAACGUUGCUAUUGUGCAGUCCUCAGUGAAAGUGCACAGAUUUGUUUGUUUGUGUCAAUACAAUUUAUUCUCACCAGAAAUUGGGAAGCUUUUAAUAUUGAUUCUUAGGAAAUAUAUCAUAACCCUCUCAAGAGCAGCGACAGUGUGAGAUACACAAGUUCAGGUAGCGUAUCCUCAUACAACGGUUCGUAUGACAUCUAAUGAUUUACACCUUAUUUCCACGUGUAUGCGAGUCCACCUGAAGUCUGUUCAUUCCUAUGAGAACCUGCAUGAUCUCCGAUGUGUUUGCGAAACUCCUUCUUCCAUUUGUUUUUUUGGUGUGGAAUUUCCCUCGUGUACACAUGGACAGAUCAUAUACACUUUGCCACAGGAAGUUCACAUGAAAACAAAUUUAUUUAUACUUUUUUUUUAAAUGAAAAAUUCGAUAGCAUUUUUAGCUAGCUGUUAUUGGUAGCAGAGUUCACGCAUAGUGGAUCAUGCGUAUUUUAACAAAGACACAAAACUUUUAGACAAAAUUGGCGACACACCUGACAGGCCAACCUUGUCACAUAUUUGUCGCCAUACAUUAUUGGUCCUGUAUUGUCUCUGUAAUGCUCCAUGUGCAUAUUCCACAAGAUUGGACAAUGAAAAAUACUCAAAAUGAACUUUCCAAGAAUUCCAAUCCAUCCUUAAAGAGAUGCAUUUCCUUGUGUGAACACUAGGUGCACAUACUAUAUGGAAAUAAGGACAUUAAAAACUGUGUGGAAAUGAAGCGCUAGUGCCCCAGGAAUCACGUUACGUACUUAACUUAAAGUUUCGUACUUAACGUAAGGUUACAUAAGUGACGUUUAGGAAAAGAAACAUGGCGACAGCGUGCCUUAAAAUAAGUCAGAGUUCACUUGGUUUCACCCGGUUCUGAACACCAGUCUCCUGUGGGAAUGUCCCGUGUUUUGUGACCACCCCAACUUGCCUCUUUAUGCACAUGGGAGAAGUUUUCUGUGUAGGCUUUCUCUCAAAAGCCUGUUCUGACAGAAAUCUGUUUACUUUAACCCAAACCGCAACUUUUUUCCUCACCUUAAUCAAGAAAUCUCUUUCUGCUAAAAAAGCCCUCUUGGAAAACUUCUCCCAGUAGCCCUCUUUACAGGGACUACUUCUUUAUUUAGUCCAGUCAGUGUGUCGGUCAUGUGAUCAAAACCCUAUCAAAUACGUGGGUUAUACAUGAAUUACUGACUCAUAAUUACGUGGAAUAUAUACGAAUUUUGGUGCUUUACUUUUUGAAGGUAUAUGUAAAAACAGUGCAUGAGAACAGCCUGGUUCAGGUUACAGACUGAAUGAACUGGUGUGUAUCAGUGGCCUGAGAAAAACAGUUUCCAUGCAGAGGGGAGUAUUAGAAUCUGACCAAAGCUAGAUGAGGUAUUUUAUUGUCACUGUCCAUUUAUUUUGCUGUUUAAUUAACAGUCAUUAAGAUUCACUGUUAUCUGGACCUAAUCGUUACAUAUGACACUGAAUAUUUAUAGAAAAGAGGGGUAAAAAAUGUUCAUGAGGAACACGAUAUGUGCCAUGUUAAUUAUAACUUUGAGAGAUACAUUUCAGUGGGACCAAUAAUAACUAUAACAAUAUUCUGCAAAACCCAAGUCUAUUCCAUAGAACUCGAUCUUACUUUCAGCAACAGUUUUCUCCGACUUCACAACCUCUCCUCCAAAAAACAAAAACAGGAGCUGCAGCAGACAUCCACUCAGAAGUUGUGUAUUUUAUGUAAAAUGACCCACUCCAUAUUCACUGAUGUGUAGACUUUAUUUAUGACAAGAUGUGUAAAUUAUAUACUUUUAUUUCUUGUUUUCCUGUGCAAUGUUUUAUUAUCUCUCUGUCUCUUGUAUUGUGUGCACUAAAUGCAAUACCACGUUCGUGUUCACUUGUGCGGCACAAUAAAGUCUUUCCAAAACCA